AUGUUCAGAACCACGUUACGACAGGUACCUAAUUUGACCGUCUUGGGCCUGAAUUUCUACCGUGCUUGCGUGCCUACUCUCAGAUGGCGUCGAAUGAUGGCGACUUCCAUCCCCUCUGCACGCAAGGUGAUUCGCCGUGCCCCUAACGACUCAUUAUUGAGCCAGUCUUAUGCGAUUCCUGACGAACGCUCCAAAACUUCCCACCAAGGCCUCCCCUUGCGCCCCUGUGUUGCUGUCACUGCAUGCGAGGUUUUCGAUUUAGAAAAUGUGCGUUCCGUUCUUUCCGAGCACCACAUCAAAGCGGAAGAAAUUGUGCGCAACGAGGCUGUCCACUAUCAAAUUGAAGACGCUCCCGUCCGCACAGACGUGUUCGUGUUGCACUCGGGAACGGUGGUCUCGUGGGGAAUGCCAGAGCAAGAUGUUCUAGAUAAAGUCUUGCCCCUUUUGCGGAGCUCCAUGAACACCCCCUAUGAGAUCCAGACAGAAGACCUGGAUUACAUAGAAUAUGAGUCAGGGCAGGAGAAAGAGGGCCAAACGUCCACGAUAGACCACGAGAUCAUAUGCAUCAAGGGCGAGCCGCGCCAAAAAAUGUUGGACAAACUAGCAUUUUCCUACGGUAUAUCGAGAUCGACCAGGCUUGCAGUGUUGGAGUCGUCACUAGAAAAACAUAUCCAGCUGACACGAAAUACGACGGAAAAUUUGUCACAGGGAAAGCAGCUAGGAAUCGGUGCGCGGGAAGUGUUACAAUCGUCUGGAAAAUUGCUGCUGCUACGCGGAAAAUUAAAUCUGUACUCUGAGUUAGUUGAGACCCCAGAUCUGUACUGGACAGAGCCAAACUUGGAAAAAAUUUACAACCACGUUUCUAGAAUCCUGGAUGUGAAUACGCGGAUCAGCAUUCUCAACAGGAAGCUGGAUUAUUGCUCUGACGAAGCACGAGCUCUGCUUGACAUCCUAACUACCCGGAAAGGCACGAGGCUAGAAUGGAUUGUGAUUUAUCUUAUUAUGAUCGAGGUCUUGUUUGAAAUGCACCACUUCUACGAAAGGUAUGAGGAACAUCAAAAAGAAAAGGAACCGCCUGUAAAUAGUUUAUAA